AUGACGUUCAUAUUUGGUUUCUCACUGGCUAGAACAGGAUGCGGUAAAACGUAUCUCCUAAGCAGAAUAGUGGAAUCCACCCAGUCAAAUGGUCUCCGGAUCUAUUUCUACUUUGAUGCCAAAGCCCGUGGGGAUCAGCGAUGGGCCAUAACACUCGUUCGGACUCUUGUAUACCAGUUGCUGAAGCAACAAUCACAACUGGUACAACAUGUUGAAGACUUUUACUUCAACAACGGAUCCCAGACUAUCGACAGUUUCGAACAUUUCGAACCUUUAUUCGAGGUUUUUAAGACCAUGACCUCCAAAGUUGGCCCUUUAUUUAAGCUUCUCGUUUCCAGCAGGGACGAUGAUGUGGAAGUACAGCGACUUUUUGGUAACGCCAAUCUUUUGUCAAUAACUGGCGAGGACACCAGCGACGACAUUCAAAGAUAUUUGGAGCAUCGCCUUGCCACUAUACACGCGGUUCAUCUGAGAAAUGAGCCAUUCAAGACCGAGAUUCGAGACUCGUUGACAAGCGCUGCAGAUGGCAUGAUCCUAUGGGCCUCCCUUGUGUUCGACGAUCUUGAAAACCAAGAUUCUCUAGCAGCUACACGGAAAGCACUUCAGAAACUCCCGAGAAAGCUGGAGACAAUAUACACAGAAGCUGUAGAAAAGCUGGGUAAGGCCCAUGCUAACACGAUACGGUUUGCUUCUUUCGCGCUGGGCUGGCUCGUUGAUGGGUUCCGAAUGAUGACGCUCCAGGAGCUAGAGGAAGCUUGUCAAGUACGAAUCCAGAGCCGCGAGCUAGACCGCAACUCGAAGCCGUUUGACAUUGAACUAGCGUUGAAACGGUCGUGUGGUCCAUUUGUGCGCAUAUACGCCAACAACAAUGUCUCCUUGAGCCACUUUUCAGCCAAAGAAUUUCUGGCGACUUACCGCAAGGAAUCUGAACGAGCACUUCUGGCUCCUCAAAGAAUCGUCCAUCGCAGCAUUGGGCUAACCUGUGCCGCUUAUCUUAAUCUUAAACCUUUCCAGUCCGGCAGAAUCGCGUUCGACGACAGCGAGCAACACAUGUACCCGCUACUUGGAUACGCCACUCAAUAUUGGCACUUGCAUAUCACAAAAUCCGAUAUCUCAGCCAGUGGCCAUGUGGAAAUGUUGAACAGCUUCUUACGGAGCGAGAACUUCAGAACCUGGAUCAUACAGUAUCAUCGUCACAUUUCUGGACCUAUCGACUAUACCUACUCUAUAGGUCAGCUCAAAGCGAUCAUAUCUGAAGUUCAAACCUGGCUGCACCACUUAGCUGCGAAGUUUUCAAUGCAUAACCAACCUGAGGGUGAUGACCAGGUCAUCGCUGCCUUCGAGCAUUACAAGGACGAUACAGUACGACUCUUCGGUCUCCACAAUAAAGAGGCUAUAAAUGCGACAAUGUCGUUAGCUCGCCUCUAUGCUGAUCAUAUGAACUACGAAGAAGCAUGCCACCUCUAUCAAGAAGGCCUCGAGUGCAUGGAAUAUGUGUAUGGUUCAGACAAUAAACAAACGCUAUUCGCCAGUGUUCAGUAUGCUCGGUACCUGAGGGACUCUGGGAAUAUGUCAGAGGCCACCCAAUUGUUUCAUAGUAUUUACGACCGCCUGGAGUCGUUUUUGGGACAGGAUCAUCCUUUCACGAUUCUUACCAUUGGGGGCAUCGCCUAUCAUAACACCAUCGCUGGGAAUCAGGAUAUGGCGUAUCGGAUGUAUUCCGAGUGCAUCAGGAUGAGCGAGGAGGAAUUUGGAGAGUUACAUCCCAACACGCUAGGCCCAUUAAGCAGCCUGGGAUGGCACCUCACCUGCUACGGUCCCUGGAACGAAGCGGAGAAGUACUUGCACAUGUCGCUGGAACGGACAAUAAGAGCAUAG